AUGGCGGUGGCGCGACACUCGGACCGGGAGAGUCCUCGCAACACUCCUGGUCACCGGCUACAGAUAUCCUAUUGGUACAGAUAUCCUGUUGGUACAGAUAUCCUAUCGGCUAGCAUUCCACCGCGAAACGCAGCCGGCGACUUGGCUAUCUCUGCAGAUAUUUCGAUACACAACAUCUUUGUCGACACGCAGUCCAUGAUCCUAGCAACGACGUUUAAUCUUACUCUGGAGUGGUACGAGUCGAGGGCGACGUUCAGGAAUCUCAAGAAUGACACCAGCCUCAAUGUCGUCACUCGCAACGUCAGCAUUUGGUUCCCAACCAUUGCUUUCGUCAAUACAAACGAUCACAGCUUCAACCAGAUUGACGAGAAAAUGUCAACUUAUGUCAAAAGACAAGAGAAGUCAUCUGAAAGAGAUAACAGUUUGGCAGAAGAGGUGGAGCUGUACCCUGGCUCAACAAACAGUAUCCUGAACCACCGGCAAUACCAGGCGUCGUUCACAUGCGACUUCGACUUCACGCUGUACCCGUUCGACCGUCAGACGUGUAGCAUGGUUUUCGAGCUGCGGGAUGCCUGCUGUACAUACUUCCAUCUCGCCACUUCGGCAGCGUCAUACCAGGGCGCCAAGCUUCUCAUGGAGUACGAAGUGGGUGAUGUCAAGCUCGUGCAAGAUUCGCCGACCUCGUUCGUGGUGCUGGUGCCGCUGACACGUCUGCACGGCUACGCCUUCAUCAACAUCUACACGCCGUCGUUGACGAUGCUCUUCAUUGCUUUUAUGACGCUCUUCUUCAGACGCCGUUUUUUCGACUCCCGCGUCAUGACCGCCCUCACUACCCUACUCGUCAUGGCAACUCUCUUCUCGCAGACGUCCGCAGCUUUACCCAAAACAUCGUACUUCAAGAUGGUCGACGUUUGGCUGCUUUUCUGCAUCUUCACGACGUUUAUAGUAAUUGUUUUCCACGUGCUGGUAGAGAGGAGUGAUGUUGGACUCCCUUCGACCAUGAGUGAUUCGGGAGAGAAUAACACAAAGACUAUGGGAGCAUCGAGGACGAAACAUUUGAAAUUCUCUCAUAAAACAAAUGGGACUGAAUUACCAGUUAAGGAAGCAUGGCAAUAUCAUUGUUUCCACGAGCUAAAACACAGCGACAGUGGCUGUACCAUGUCGCCGCAGGCUCUGGAGUUGGUGAGUCGGUUGGCGAUAUCAGCGGUGAUGGUCGUCUUCAAUCUCAUGUAUUGGUCCAUAAUUUAUACAAAGUAUGGUUAGCUCGAUCAGUUAACUGCGUUUAUCUUUUCAUAAAAGUACUAAAUGUGCAUAAACUCAAGACCAAGACAAAGCCAAAAAAUUAUAUCAGUACUUGUAGCGACUUGAAUUUAUAUCU